AUGGCGCCUAAAACCUCCAUCACCGUCCCAUCUCCCACCGACUUCGACCCUGGGCUCCCCCGGUCCACGUCGUCCACCUCCCCCGAUUCCGAACCCAGCUGCCCCUUCUGCCACAUCUCCGCCGUCUUCCCACCAUAUAACCCUUCCGACCCGCCAUCACCGACCUCACCAAUCCUCAACCCCGAAUUAACGUCCCCGCAACCGUCGACCUUCAUCAUCCUCUCCACCCCACACCUCGUCGCCUUCCUCGAUAUCAUGCCGCUCUCCGUCGGCCACGUCCUGCUCUGUCCGCGCCCGCACCGUCCCAAACUCACCGACGUCUCCGCCGCGGAAUCCGCCGAGCUAGGCCGUUAUCUGCGGAUCCUGUCUGCCGCGGUCGUGCGCGCGACGGGGAUUCAUGAUUGGAAUGUGGUGCAGAACAAUGGUGCCGCCGCCGCGCAGGUUGUGCCGCAUAUGCAUUUCCAUGUGAUUCCGCGCCCGGAAUUGCGGGACCAGCGCAGUGAGCGGUUUACGGCGACGAUGUUUGGGCGCGGGCAGAGGGAUGAGCUGGAUGAGGAGGAGGGGGUUGCGCUGGCGGAAAGGGUUCGGAGAGCGGUGGCGGAGGUGUUGAGGGCAGACGAGGAGGCUGGGGCGAAGCUGUAG